GGUGCCGCUGACUGGCGCAUCCUCAAAGAGGAGCGUGAUGCCAUGUGAUGGAGCCAGCUGAUGGCCGGCUCGCGCGACGCCGCGUGUCCGCCUGGAAGGGCGUUCGUGGGAACUUCCAAGAUUUCCUGGGAGACCAAAUCAAAUGCCGAGGCACUUUGGCGAGCCUGGAAGGUCCUGGCAAGGAACAGAUCAAAGAAGCCGCUCAAGAGCGACUGUUGGAAAAUGUGAUCUCGUCCAUCAACAAGGAUACCCCUGAGGGGCGACACAUGUACCAAAGAUGGACCAGGGCGCAGGCUUCACACCACCAGGUUUGCGAUGCCUUGCGCAGCAAGAACUUUCGGCGAGACCUCUCCGAUUACGCAGGUGGAACGAAAGCGACACGUGACGCAGUCAAGGUCUUUUUUCCAGAGGACUGGUGUCGCUUGCUCUCAGAGGAUGAGAUUCUUGCCGAGCUGGUCGUGGAUUGCGCCACGUCGUCCAUCGUGGAUUCGCUGUUGGAUGCAUCCAUCGAGCUGUUAGAAAGUCACGAAGGCUGGUAUUGGCCGACCCAGCAUCCCUUUCGCAGGCUGCAGUCGACACCGGAACUCAGGGUCUGGGGGUCGUCAAGUCCAGUGGCCAGUUGGGUCAAUCAGAGUGUAACUCAGAGCCCGAAGUCAUUCCGUGAGCAAGUCUCGCAGCCCGAGCUGCCGCCUCGCUGGCGGCAGCCCGUGGAUCGGAGCCGUGGUUCACGGGACCUUUCGUUGUCGUCCUUGUCGCGGGACUUGGACGCUCCGGCCAAGGGGAAGACCUUGAAGCAUUUCCGAAGUGCGAAGCCCUUCAAUCCCUUCAUGACGCGACUCUACAGCUUCACCGACUCUCAGCGUCCACAGCGGCGGCUGCAACGGGAGCCCAGGGAUCCCUUUGCACCCAAGUGGAGUUUUCCCAUGAUGGCACAUCACUUUCCCGAGCAAUGGAAUCGCAUGGUGCCUCCGUCGACGCCCAAGUGCGUGACGACUCCAGUCGCCUCCACGCGCGAUGACGCGGACCGGGAGGAGGAGGCACCCCCGGGCUACACCUGGCUUCAGCGUAAGACGCGCGAUGGGCAGACGGUCUUCCCCUAUUCGCUCGCCUCGCAUCGAGCCUUCUUUGAGUCAUACAAGGAUCCGGAGCUCCGUGCGAAAGCGGAAGCGGUGGUCCCCUUGCGGAUGACCGAUUGGCCUCCCAUUGGCGACAUCUGAGCCUGACUGGCCUGAACGGGCAGCGACACGGUUGCUAGAUGGGUCAGAUGGAAAUGGGGCAUAC